GUGAAGAUGCUGGGCAUAUUUUGAAAUGGCAACAAAGGAUUUAGAAUGUAACAUCAACUUAGUUGAUAAAGCAGCAGCAGGGUUUGAGAGGAUGACUCCAAUUUUGAAAGAAGUUCUCCAUUUUGUGUAUAAUGCUGUCAAAUAGUAUCACAUAUACAGAGAAAUAUUUUAUAAGUCAAUUGAUAUGGCAGACUUCAUUGUUGUCUUAUUUUAAGAAAUUGCCAUAGCUGCCCCACCUUUCAGCACCCCACCCUGAUCAGUCAGCAGGCAUCAACAUCGAGGCAAGACCCUCCACAGCAAAAAGAUGAUGACUCGCUGACAUCUCAGAUGAUGGUUAUCAUUUUUUAACAAUAAAGUAUUUUAAAGAUAUGUGCAUUGUCUUUUAGACGUAAUGCUAUUGCACACUUAAUAUACUCCAGUAUAGUAUAAACAUAACUUUUAUAUGCACUGGGAAACCAAAAAAAUCAUGACUUGCAUUAUUGCAAUAUUCUCUUUAUUGUUGUUUGGAACUGAACCCACAGUAUCUCCAAGGUAUGCCUGUAUGUGAUUUUGGGUAUAAUAAAUGAUUAAAUUGUGUAGAUCAUGAAGUCCAGGCACUCUUGGGGGACUAUAUGUGGUUCUGGAGUUUUAUGGAUAGAGGUAAAACUCAAAUUUAAAGCUGUUUGUGUGUUUUCUAUUUAGAAAUGUACUAAACAAUUUUUGACUUUGAAAUUUAAGAAUUAGUGCAUGUUCUUAGGAAAUAUGGGGAAAAAAUGGUGUUUUUUGGGGGGCGUGUGGGUGCCACAAAGGUCAUCUGAUAGAGUCAGGCUUGAAUAUUUUGCUAAUAAAAUUUUAUAACCCUAGUAAAACUAUUACAGUUGUCUUAAAAAUGCCUUUUAUGGCCUGCGCAGGUGUCCCGCCGCCGCUGCAGGCAGGUUGGCGGGCGGCCGGCUGCAGGCUCGCAGUGGCUCAGAGUCCGGGCUGUGCAGCCCACAGAGGGCCAUGGCCGCCUCUCCCGUUCCCGCCGGUGUCGGCCGAGUCGGAGCAUUCCCCAGCUCCGGCCCGUUGGGCUUCGCCUUCGACUCGGGACUCGAGAUCAAAACUCGCUCGGUGGAGCAGACGCUGCUUCCGCUGGUUUCCCAGGGUCUGUCGGGUGAGGGAAGGAGAGGACGACGCUAAGAGGAUUCAUGUUUGCUUGCCUGAGCCCUGCGGCCUGAUCCAGUCACCCUCCAAAUUUAACCCUAGUGUCUUCUUUGACCUGAUUUUUUAAGGGGCUUUUAGAGAUAAUUUCAUGAUGACAGUUGUCGAUAACCAAUUACAGUACCAGGUGAUUCAAAGAACAAAAUUUUGCAGAGUCCUUGUUUUUGCACUUAAUUCUAAAAAGUAUACUAUUCCAUUUUCACAAACAAAGGUCAAUCAAUGUUGAAAAAGAAGAUAAGAAGGCCAAAAGAAGUAGCAGGACACAGAAAACGCCACAUGGAUUCAAGAGUUGAGAUCACCACACUUAUUAAUCAUAAAGAUAAUACCAAAAAGUUGGAUAAAACUCUGCAAGCGAUUCAGCGUGUAGGAUAAGCUGUCAACUUGGCAGUUGGAAGAUUUGUUAAAGUAGGGGAAGCUAUAGCCAAUGAAAACUGGGACUUGAAAGAAGAAAUAAAUAUUGCCUGCAUUGAAGCAAAGCAAGCAGGAGAAACCAUUGCAGCACUUACAGAUAUGACCAACUUGAAUCAUCCAGAAUCUGAUGUCCGGAUCACAAUUUUUACAGACAAAACAGGAGUUGUAAAGGCUGCAAGGUUACUUCUUUCUUCGGUGACGAAGGUGCUCUUGCUGGCAGACCAAGUGGUCAUUAAGCAGAUAACAACAUCGAGAAAUAAGGUUCUUGCAACUAUGGAAAGACUAGAGAAAGUGAAUAGCUUUCAAGAGUUUGUCCAAAUAUUCAGUCAAUUCGGAAAUGAAAUGGUGGAGUUUGCACACCUAACUGGAGAUAGACAAAAUGAUUUGUGAGAUGAAAAGAAAAAGGCAAAAAUGGCAGCAGCCAGGGCAGUUCUCGAAAAGUAUACAAUGAUGCUUCUCACAGCUUCAAAGACCUGUCUCGGGCAUCCCAACUGUGAAUCGGCCCAUGAAAACAAAGAAGGAGUAUUCGACCGAAUGAAGGUGGCAUUGGAUAAGGUAAUUGAAAUAGUGACUGACUGUAAACCAAAUGGAGAGACUGACAUUUCAUCUAUCAGUAUUUUCAGUGGAAUUAAAGAAUUCAAGAUGAAUAUUGACGCUCUUCGGGAGAAUCUUUAUUUUCAGUCCAAAGAGAAUCUUUCCAUCAUGUUGGAAGUCAUCUUGGAGCGUACGGAAGACUUUACUGAUUCUGCCUACACCAGCCACGAGCACAGAGAACGCAUCUUGGCACUGUCAGCGCAGGCGAGAAGGGAACUGCAGCAGUUGGUUUCUGUGUGGAUUCAAGCUCUUCAUAGUACAGCAGCACAGCGGGCAGCAGAUCUAUUAAAAUACCAUGCUGAUCAUGUGGCUUUAAAAGCAUUAAAACUUACUGGAGUAGAAGGAAAUUUAGACGCUUUGGCUGAAUAUGCGUGUAAACUCUCUGAACAGAAAGAGCAGCUUGUCGAGACCUGUCGAUUGUUGCGACAUGUAUCUGGGACAGAACCUCUUGAAAUAACCUGUGUACAUGCAGAGGAGACAUUUCAGGUGACUGGCCAGCAGAUAAUUUCUGCUGCUGAAACAUUGACAUUGCACCCAUCUAGUAAAAUUGCUAAAGAAAACCUAGAUGUAUUUUGUGAAGCUUGGGAAUCCCAAAUUAAUGACAUGUCAACACUGCUAAGAGAAAUCAGUGAUGUAUUUGAAGGAGGACGAGGAGAGAAGUAUGGCUACCUUUUACUUCCAAAGCCAGUGAAGAAUAAUGCAAACCUGAAAUCAUUAAAGCCAGACAAGCUUGACUCUGAGGAGCAAGCCAGGAUAGCCAAACUUGGCCUUAAGCUGGGUUUGCUCACAUCCGAUGCAGACUGCAAAAUUGAGAAAUGGGAGGAUCAGGAGAAUGAGAUUGUUUAAUAUGGAAGGAACAUGUCCAGUGUGGCCUAUUCUCUGUAUUUAUUUACCAGAGGAGAGGAGCCACGGAAAACUUCCCAAGAUUUAGUUCAUCAACUAGAAGUUUUUGCUGCAGAGGGUUUAAAGCUUGCUUCAAGUGUACAAGCUUUUUCAAAACAGCUAAAAGAUGAUGACAAGCUUACGCUUCUCCUGGAAAUAAACAAGCUAAUUCCUCUGUGCCAGCAGCUCCAGACAAUAAUUAAGACUCCCUUGCAGAGUAAAGUGUCUCUAAAGAUUGACAAGUGCAUUGCAAAGGCAAGAUCCGUGAUGGCUAUCUUGGUCCAGGUUCUCUCACUUUGCUAUAAACUACUGAAGAUGGAAAACAACAGAUGGGUUUUAGUUACAAAUAAAGACACUGUGGAUGGUAAAGCUUGAGAAGAUUUUGGGGUCAGAUCUCUGGAACAUCAUGUGGCAAACCUGGCAUUUUUAGAAAACAAAUUCUUUGUAUUUCAGAGAUUCAAUAAUUUUAUAGAGAAAACAACACUGAAAUCUUGCUUUAUUUCCUGAUCAUGAAACUGAUGGUGACACUUCUUGACAACAAAUAAAUGCCAUGAAAGUCGAUAGAUUUCAAUUGCAGUGUGAUUUAAAAAAGGGAUGUUGUCAUUAAUAAUGUUCUUUAAAAGUCAAACCAAAUAUCAUGUCUCAGUGACAGUAUAAUCCAAAGAAAUUAUUUUGAAUAUAUGCUCACCUUUGGCAUAUUUGUUCUUCAUUGUUUUCUAUCUUUAUUUAAACUUAUCAUCUAAACCUUAAUUUUUAGAGGGAGAUGUGCAAUAGUCUGAGGGAAUGCUGAGUUUUCGUUAAACCUUUAGACUCUUCCUCAAUCCGUUAGCUCACUGCAACUUGGGCUCCCGUGCUAUCCUUGUCACAGAUCACAGAUGCAUGGCAGUAUUUCACCGUGUGCUCUAGCAGCUAUUUCACAUACGAGUUACGUUUUGUGCUGCUCAUGUUCCUCUCCCAUUCCCAAAAGCAGGGUCUUGGGGCUCACUCCGUACAAUCCUGGAAGAACUAGCUAGGAGAUGGCUUUUAGUUCUAGUUCUAGAAUAGGUGGUCUUUCUGUCCUGAAUAUUAGUUGGAAUCUGAAACUAUCUCACUAGCUUAAAAAUUAUUUUUGAGCCUUUCCUCAGAGUUCCCUCAAUGCUGACUGACAGAAUGAAAGAUCUAAAAGAUUGAAAACUAUGGAAAUAAGUUGUUUAGAAUAAAUCCUGAGUAACCAUGCUUUUCUUUACAUUGUUUUGGAAUGUUCAUUAUGAAACCAAUAAACAUCUUUAUUUUGUCUUUGUAAUGUAAGGGUUUAAAGGUUUUCUUAUUAAUUGUGGGAUGGAGGUUUGACUGAUAUAUGAUAUUAUAGGGUUAACUUUGUUUGGGUCUCCAGUUUGAUAGUGCUUGUAUCCCAGGGCUCUAAAAUUCUUUUUGAAACCUAGUGGCACAUUAUCAGUUGCCAAAUGCUAGAAAUUAUGUUAACUUCUCUGAUGAUCUGUAUCUGGGUCAGCCAUCACAAUCAAUGUUCACAAAAGAUCCUCAAGAACCACUGUACUACCAAUUAGCUAGCCAGUAUUUAUUGAAAACUUGAAAACAUACUUUUAUUAGUAUAUUUCUUUUCAAUCUGAACCCUGUGAAAAAGUGCCUCCAGCUGCUGCUUCUAGCUAGUGAAUGUGCCUUAGGCAUGGUGGGAAGCUGUUUAAACCCUUAGUUCAGUCCCAGGGUUCAGAGAUAUUGCAACUGCAAGCAUAAAACUUGAAACUGAUAGGAGUUUGACCUACUGUAGGCCUCUGGGAGAAAAUGGGGAUGUACUCAAGCUUGGUUAAUGAUCUUUAGAGCAUACCUCUUUAAACAGUCAAAAUCAUCAAGAUUGAUUUUAUUUCCUGAAAUCAAAAUAUUAUUUUAAAUUAUAAUAGAAACAAUGGAAGAAUGAUGUGAGGUAAUGUUGUAUGUAAAAUAAAAUAGAAAUAUACUUCUUUUAAAAAAAAAUGCCUUUUAUUAGAUUAUUAUCUUUCU